CAGUGGUCUAAAAUGAGUCUCUCUGGGGAGAGAGAGGGGGACCCUGCCUCUAAAAUGAGACUCUCUGGGGAACAUGACACCACAGCUAAAAGUCCAAUCAAGCAGGAGAGACCAGCCUCACCUGUGCCCAGCGGUCUGUCCAUGAAGAGUGACUGGUCUAUGGGUGUACCUAUAAUGUUUAGAGAGGGAGACUUUUCAACUGGACAAAGAAACCAACAGGAGAGAUUAGAGUCAGAGGUUCUCAGUGGUCAGUCUUCCCAGAGUCAUCAAACAGACCUGGCCUCUAUAUUCAGUUUGCUUGAAGAGAAUAUUAUGACAUUUAUGAAGAACGAGCUGAAGAUGUUCAAGAGGAUUCUUAGUCCAGAACUCCCACAAGGCUUUGAGAGUCAGAAGCAGGAUAAGGAAGUGGUGGAUGCUGAAGAUGAGAAGCAUGAGAGCAGUGCCAGAGAGGGGGCUCUGAAGAUCACACUGCACAUCCUGAGGAAAAUGAACCAGAAGGAGCUUGCUGACACACUGGAGAAAAAUGAACUUGCUGUGAUUUGCCAACGUGAACUCAAAUCUAAUCUAAAGAAGAAGUUUCAAUGUGUAUUUGAGGGGAUCGCUAAACAAGGAAACCCAACACUUCUCAAUAAGAUCUACACAGAGCUCUACAUCACAGAGGGUGGAACAGGAGAGGUCAAUAAUGAACAUGAGCUGAGACAGAUUGAGACAACAAUCAGGAAACAAGCAAGACCAGAGACUGCAAUCAAAUGUAACGACAUCUUCAAACCCUUAACUGGACAAGACAAACUUAUCAGAACUGUGCUGACAAAGGGAGUUGCUGGCAUUGGAAAAACAGUCUCUGUGCAGAAGUUCAUUCUGGACUGGGCUGAAGGAAAAGCAAAUCAGGAUGUCCAAUUUGUAUUUUCAUUCCCUUUUCGGGAGCUGAAUUUGAUGAAAGAGAAAAAGCACACUUUGAUUGAACUUCUCAAUUACUUCUCAAUGGAAACCAAACAAUCAAGGAUCUCCAAUUAUGACAAGUACAAAGUUCUGUUCAUCUUUGAUGGUCUGGAUGAGUGUCGACUGCCCCUAGACUUCCAGAACAACAAGAUGUGUUGUGACAUCACAAAGUCAAACUCAGUGGAUGUUCUGCUGACAAAUCUCAUCAAGGGAAACCUGCUUCCCUCUGCUCUCCUCUGGAUAACUACCCGACCUGCAGCAGCCAAUAAGAUCCCUUCAGAGUGUGUUGACCAGGUGACAGAGGUACGAGGGUUCAAUGACCCACAGAAGGAGGAGUACUUC